GACGUGUAAAUAUGUUGACUUGCGAUCCUUCUGCGAUAAAUCCAACUACGAUCGAGGGAUUUGUUGCCACCCCCGCACGCCACCCUCAUUCCCUUCGCAACCACCACACUCCGACGAUGGAACAACAACCUAUAGUCUCCGAUGAAGUAUUUGUCAACGGUGGUAAAGCAACAGUGACGCUCUCCACUGACGGGAUGCUCCGGUGGUUUGAUCGAGGCGUACUUCUUCGGUGCUUGUCUGUAGAGAAGGAAGUUCUUGGAUUGUCAACGACCGGACAUCUGAUCACAAUUAGGGCACUUGUAGAGACCGGUAGUGACGACGGAUGGUGCCUCGGAAGUAGAGGGGGAGGGAGUUUGGUGAGGAAGAGCUUCAUAUUUGAGGCGGUGUCGGAGGAUUCAUUACGGAACUUGUGCGAGAAGAUUCAAGGAUACAUCGAUUCGUUAGGUCGACCAAAGAAGCUGUUUAUAUUUGUUAAUCCAUUUGGUGGGAGGAAAUCUGCUUCCAAGAUUUUUAACUAUGAUGUAAAACCGAUACUUGAGGAUGCUAAUAUCGAAUAUACGAUGCAAGAAACCAAAUAUCAGCUUCAUGCAAAAGAAGUUUCUCGUUCAUUGGACCUUACAAAGUAUGAUGGUAUCAUUUGUGUUAGUGGGGAUGGCAUAUUGGUUGAGGUUAUGAAUGGAUUGCUUGAAAGAGAAGACUGGGCAGCUGCACUGAAGAUGCCUCUUGGAGUCAUACCUGCAGGUACGGGGAAUGGCAUGAUAAAAUCCCUUUUAGAUUCAGUCGGCGAGCCAUGCACAGCUGCUCAUGCAAUUCUUGCUGCAAUUCGAGGGCAUAAACGCUCUCUGGAUGUAGCUACAAUCUGGCAAGGGGAGACCAAAUUUUUUAGUGUCUUGAUGCUUGCAUGGGGACUAAUAGCAGAUAUAGACAUCGAGUCAGAAAAGUAUCGGUGGAUGGGAAGUGCUCGAAUAAGUUUCUAUGCUCUUAAACGAAUUUUACGGCUGCGGGAAUAUAAUGGCAGUAUAUCUUUUGUACCUGCACCCGGCUUUGAAGAUGUAGGAGAGCCAAGUGGUUCAUGUGUUGAUUCUAUGGAGCCUCUUAAGCCUUGGCAGCAUGGGUACCAGGGUCCCAAGGUUGAUUUGGAGAAUUUAAAUUGGAGAAAGCUUGAUGGUCCGUUUGUUUCUGUUUGGCUUCAUAAUGUUCCUUGGGGUGCUGAAAACACCAUGGCAGCGCCUGAUGCCAAGUUUGGAGAUGGCUAUUUGGACUUGAUUGUAAUUCGGCAAUGCCCAAAAUUAACCUUGAUAUCCUUGAUGUCUAAAUUGAACGACGGAGGUCACGUAAAAUCUCCAUACGUUGUGUACAUGAAGGUGAAAGCCGUGAUCUUGGAGCCUGGUUCACGAACGGAUAAGUCGAUGAAGGAAGGGAUCAUAGAUUCGGAUGGGGAAGUGUUGGCAAGAGGGAAAGGAACAUACAAGUCCAACCUAAAAUCCUGGAUGGUAUACAAGAAGCUGCAAGUGGUGGUGGACCAAGGUUUAGCCACUCUCUUCACCCCUGUUUAAAUUUCUUAUCUAUACUCAGAAUGUAAGUAACAGAAUACAAACUCCGUAUUCAACUGAAACCACAAAUUAAGAAGGCAAAAAACACCGUUUUCCAGUAAAUACAUAAUAUAAGGCUUCGAUUUGUUAGCCCUUCAAUUAAGAUUGGCCAGAGAAGACUCUUUCACCAUCUCAGAAAGGACAAAUUCAUAAAAUGGAAUCGAGAGAAGCGAAAUACAGAUGUAUUUUUUAUAUUGCAUUGUACGAUUACACUUCUAGGA